UGAUACUUGAUCUUACGUUUUUUUUACUUAACGGUAUACCAACUAACCAAAAUAAUGGCAUUAAUCUGGAUUGAGUUUUAGAAUGUAUUAGCCUCGUUUCUGCUAUUUCUUACAACAGAUAAUCGGCAAAGGGGGGCAGUAUGUCUUGGUUUGCCGAUCUAGCAGGAAAGGCUGAGGAACUUUUGAACAAGGUCGAUCAAGGGGCAGCCACUGCAUUGACUAAGCACCAAAGUCGCAAGUCCUCCUUCCCUUCCUCAUACAACGAAGCAGAAGCAUUUCAAUACAGUAAUGCUGGCUUCAGCACAGUAGAAUCAGACACUCCGCACCAAUACCAGAGCUCCUCUCAAGAUAAAGGACAUGACUUCAUCUCUGCAGCUGCGGACAACAUCAAAAAAUCCAAAGCCACGCUGUUGGCAGGCACUGCCAAUGUGUCCACUGUCACACCUUUGGGUUCAGCCUGUGCCAGCUCCACCAAGGCCACCUCUGGCUUCGUCCGGCCCAAGAAGACUGAGGAUGUGGAUGACGACCUCCUCUUCAUGUUUUUGAAUAGUUCUGACCCACCGCAGGGCGAGAGGCGGGAUGUGAGGCGAGAGCUCCCUCGAGUGGCAGGUCCUGCUGAGGAGGUGGAACCAGCCACCGCUGCCCCACUGGCAGUACCAUCUGCCCCUUCCACUCCCCCCUCCACCAGAGGCCUGUCUCGAACAUCUAGUAUUAGCUCGCUGUCUGCCAGUGUCCACAGUGUUAAGACUGAGGAUGGGUCCGUCAAAGAUCACAACCAAGAUACCCCAGAGAGCUCAGACUCUGGGCUGGCUGUGGCUCAGGACCCUGCCCCCCAAGAGCCUUCAACAGCCCCUGUGGAGGAAUCCCAGAGCCAAGUGUUGUCCAACCUACGGCUGGAGAACCAGCUGCUGCGCAGCGAGGUGGCCUCCCUCAACCAAGAGAUGGCAUCGGUCAUCCAGAGGGCCAAAGACACUCAGGAGGAGCUGAAUCUAGCUCGAGCACGCACAGAGAAAUGGAACUCAGACCAGUCCAGGACCGAUCGUGCCAUCCGUGAGUUAAGGUCACAGGUUGAUGACCUCACAGAGGCUCUCUCGGCCAAGGAUGGGCAGCUGGCUGUUUUGAAGGUGCGGCUGGAUGAGGCAGACCAGCUCCUUAAGGUCCGCAACUCCGCUUUAGAAGAAGCCCAGAAUGAGAACUCCAGGAUCCUACAGGACCAUUCAGAAGGCAACAACAUGAACUCUCAGGCAAUUCAUACCCUCCAGGACAGAGUGCGGGAAGCUGAGGCAGCAGUCAAGAGGGAACAGGACAGCUACCGCCAGAUGCAGAGUGAGUUUGCAGCCCGUCUCUCGCGGGCGGAAAAUGAGAAGCAAGGCCUGGCGGAGGCCCUAACGGGCAUGGAGCGUCGGUUGGCAGAGGAGAGGCACCGUGCUGAGGAGCAGCAGCAGCAGGCCAAGAGUGCCCGUACAGCUGCCGAGAACGCCAAACAGGAGCUGCAGGACUACAAACAUAAAGCCUCACGUAUCCUGCAGUCCAAAGAGAAGCUAAUCAGCAGUCUGAAGGAGGGCUCUGGACUGGACUCGCUGGACGGCGGGUCAGCGGGGUCAUUGGCGCUGGAGCUGGAGGACCUCAGGCACGAGAAGGAUCUUCAGCGGGAGGAGAUGCAGAAGCUGCAGGGCCAGGUGCACACACUCAGGGCUGAGAUCCAGGACCUGGAGACGGCAGCGCUGACAGAAGCAGAGACUUGGCGGGAGCAGCAGCAGGAGCUGCAAGACCAACAAGCCCAGCAGAGCCGCGCCAGACAGGAGCAGGAGGCGGAGGUGGAGCGCUACAAACAGGAGAUACAGUACAUGGAAGAGGAGCAUCAUCGUGCUAAAAGUACCCUUCAGAGUCGAAUCAAAGACCGUGAGGAGGAAAUCCAGAAACUCAGGAAUCAACUGACCAAUAAAGCGCUGAGCAGCAGCAGCCAGACAGAGCUGGAGAGUCGGCUGCACCAGCUGACGGAGACGCUGAUCCAGAAGCAGACCAUGCUGGAGGCCCUGGGCACGGAGAAGAGCUCGCUGGUCUUCCAGCUGGAGCGGCUGGAGCAGCAGCUGAAGAGUGUGCAGGGCGGCCAGAGCGGAGGCUCUGCCAUCAACAUGAGUGGCUUGGAAGGACCUGGUACGCGGCAGAGGAACACACCUGUUCUGUUUACUGACCAUGACAACUCAGGAGCUGGGGUCUAUGGCAAAGUACGCAAUGCAGCCAGCACCAUUGAUCGCUUCAGCAUUCGGUUAGGAAUCUUUUUGAGGCGGUACCCCAUGGCCAGAGUCUUUGUGAUACUUUAUAUGGCACUUCUGCAUCUCUGGGUCAUGGUUGUCCUGUUGACAUACACACCAGAGAUGCACCAUGGCCAUCCAGAUGGGAGAUAGGUGGAGGACACUGAACUGUUUUGCGUGCGUGCGUGCGUUGUUGAAAAGUUACAG